AUGAAUAAUAACCUGCGGGAUGAUAGUAUUGCUGCGGCCUUAUUGGAAGAAAAUGAAUCUUUGUCGGAUGAUGAAAUCUUUCUGCCUUCUAGUGAUGACGAAUCGGAUCAUAUCAGCGAAGCUUCUGAAGUUCCAAGUGAUACGGACGUGGAAGAUGCCGAAAUAAACAUUGAACCACAUUCAGAUGAUACGACAUCAACACUUCAACCAUUUUAUCUAGGAAAAGAUGGAAGAACAAAGUGGUAUAAAUCGCCACCGCGAACCAAUGUUCGAACAAGGGCCGAAAAUCUUAUUACUCAUUUGCCUGGAUGUAAAUAUGCAGCUCGACAUAAAAAAACUCACCAAGAAUGCUUCGAGACCUUUUUCACUGAUGAAAUCGUUGACAUUGUUUUGAAGAAUACGAACCAGAAGAUUUCUUUGAGAAUGGAGAACUCUACGUCUAAUUCAACAUACGGGGAAACUGACAAAGCUGAGAUAAAAGCCGUUUUUGGGCUGUUGUUCUUGGCAGGGUUGUUUAGAUCUGGUCGGCAAAGUCUUAUAGACUUAUGGAGUAAUGACGGCACAGGAAUUGAAGUAUUUAGAAAUACUAUGACGAGGCAAAGAUUUUCGUUUUUGAUAAAUAGCUUGAGAUUUGAUGAUUCAUCAACUCGUACAGCUAGAGUGGCUGACGAUCGCUUGGCUCCAAUUCGAGAUAUUUUUGAAAUAUUCGUCAAAAACUGUCAGAAUGCCUAUACACCGUAUGAAUACUUGACCAUAGAUGAAGAACUCGUGGCAUUUAGAGGAAGAUGUAGCUUUCGUCAGUACAUACCAUCCAAGCCAGCUAAGUAUGGGUUGAAAAUUUACGCGUUAGUGGAUGCUAAAACAUUUUACACAAUGAACUUGGAAAUUUAUUGUGGAAAACAGCCUGACAACAGUCCUUAUACAGUGGAUCCAGAAAGCGGAGACCAAAGAAAACCGUCUAUCAUCACAUUUUACAACUCGACAAAAAGUGGAGUUGAUGUAGUUGAUAAACUUGCGAGAACAUACGAUGUCUCCCGCAACUGUAAGCGCUGGCCUCUUACCGUAUUCUUUUCCAUGUUGAACCAUGCUGGUAUAAAUGGUUUUAUUGUGUUUAUGCUGAAUAAUGGCAUUGAAAGGAACAAAACCAAUCUAAGGAAGAACUUUAUCAAGCGAUUGGGACUUUCUUUAAUCGAAGAGCACCUCAGGAAAAGAAAGGAUAAUCCACAUAUACCACGAGAAAUAAGAAGACGUGUGUGUGAAAUGCUGAAUGAAGAAGCUCCAGCACCACCACAAAAGCAACCAAGAAGGUCUCAGCGAUGUUCUUUCUGUCCAAGAAACAAAGAUAGGAAGACUCUGAACGGAUGUUUCAAAUGUAAUGUCGCGAUAUGCAAGGAACAUGCGAAUUUGAUGUGUCAAAAUUGUACUGAUUUACAUGACGAAUGA